AUGUCCGGCCCCUCGGCCCAGCUGCACCCGCGAAGCGACCUCCCCGGCGCCGCCGCCGACGCCCUGCCCGAGCAGCGGCAUCCCGACUCUGUCCUGCGCCAUGCGUCGCAGGAGGAGCUCGAGCUGGCGCAGAACCUGCGCGCCCUGAGCAACGCCCAGGACCAGCACCAGCCGCACCCCGCCCGCGAAACCCCUCCCGAGCCUCACCAUGUGGCCCCGGAGCGCGAGCAGAGAGGCUCGCCCGAGCCCAGUGGCAAAGGCCCCGAAGUCUCUGAGCACCACUCCCUCGAGGACAUCCAACACUUUGCCGCCAACGCCAACGCCACCGCCAACGCCCAGCCCCAGCAGGCCCGCCCGCUUUCUCCCUCUCCAGGAGCCGCCACCCCGAGGCCGAGCGCUGCAAACGCGCCCAUGAACGGCCAGACGUGCAGGUAUGCUUCCCCCGGCUUCGUUGGCGCUCGCUCCACCUCUAACCAGUGCAGCAACUGCGGCACCACCCGCACUCCCUUGUGGCGGAGAUCGCCCACGGGCGAGCCUAUCUGCAACGCGUGUGGUCUGUACCUUAAAGCGCGGAACCAGUCGCGUCCCUCGAACCUGAAGAGGAACCUAGCUCAGGCGCCCACCAUGUCCGUGCAGCCAGGUCAACGCACUCCCGAGCCCCAUGAUCGAAGUCAAUCUCCUUCGGGAUGCCAGGCGUCGUCAAGACCUCCCUACGUCACCGCCGAGCAGGCUUCUGGCACAUGUCCGGGAGGCGGUCGUUGUAACGGCACCGGUGGCCAGCAGGGUUGCAACGGCUGCCCAGCCUACAACAACCGCGUUUCCAAGACUGCUCGAUACGCCCUCGCUCACGUGAACUCUCCGAGCAGCAGCCAGCAGACCAGUGCUGGCGAGGGUCCGGCUGCAGACGCCCCUCAACCCGGCCAACAGCAGCAUCUCGCCACCCCGGCCGGCGCGAACGUCGUGCCCGCCUGCGCCAACUGUAGGACCACUGUCACCCCACUGUGGAGGCGAGACGAGGCCGGACACACAAUAUGCAAUGCCUGUGGUCUGUAUUACAAGCUACACGGUGUCCACCGCCCGGUGCAGAUGAAGAAGCAGGAGAUCAAGCGGCGGAAACGAGUCGUACCCGCCGUCCCGGCCGAGCCUGCGAGCCACCUCUUCGCCCAACACCCUCCAGCCCACUACCAGCAGCAUGGCCAAUCGACCCAGCCCCAGCCUAGCCCCUCUCAAGCCGCUGUUUCGCCCGCGCCAACCCAGGAGUCCUUCCCGGAGAGCAGGCCUGACUCGUAUCCUCGUUCCGACUCAGAAGUGGCUGCCCAUCUUCAGGCUUCCCUGAACCAACAACCGCCGCCUGCAAGAUACGCGCCGCCACCCGCAGACUUCACAAACUAUUUCCAACAACAAGGUGCCGCUUCGUCAGCGUCGCGCACUGUGCCACAACCACAACCAUAUCCAACAUCGCCCGCCUCGUCGAUUCCUAGCAAACGCUCCGUGUCCGUCGGCGCUGAUGAUGACAUCCUUCCCGACGCCCCUCGCUCUACCUCCAACAUCCCACAUCUUCUGAACAUCGACCCCGACCUUCCCACGUCCAGCACCGUGACCCACGCCGAUGGUUCCACUAAUCAAACAUCGCCACCUACGCCACAAAUGAGCCCGGAGCAACGACAUGCAAAGAGGAUGCGGCUGGAACUGGAGAUGCAGGAAUUGCAGAAGAAGGUGAUGGAUGUGCAAAACGAGAUCCAGAGGCUCGAUACUCGCGAAGAAGGAACGAGGGCCCAAGGACCAACUAUCACGAUUGAUGGCGCGAAUCAGGGGGCAGCAAGCGAUGGAAGGAAAGGAUAA